AUGAAGCCAAGGCGACGGAGCAAAAUUUACUGGCGUAGGUUACGUGGCGAGGACAACACUGAAUUGCGCGUGCUGGCGCUGGAUGUGGAUGACGAAGACUUCCUGGACAAUAUACGUGAUUGCUUGCUGGCAUUUGAAUCUCAGCUUUAUCCCAUUCUGAUCCCAUCCGGAAGCUCUGGCUCAUAUUUUGUUCGCGAUGUGCAGGGACGACAUAUUGCUGUAUUCAAGCCCAAGGAUGAGGAGCCGUUCGCCGAAAAUAACCCAAAGUGGCCGAAAUUUUUGCAACGAUUUCUUUGUUUCUGUUGCUAUGGACGUUCCUGUUUGAUACCGCUUAGUGGUUAUCUAUCUGAAGUUGGAGCUUCGCUGGUUGACGAUCGCUUACAGUUGUAUAUUGUGCCCAAAACACGUAUCGUAAAAAUGGCUGCUCCGACAUUUUUUUACCCGAAGCGUUGCUGCUCAGCACUGGAGGAGGAAGUUAGCCCUAAAAUUGGAAGCUACCAAUUUUUUGUCCAUGGCUACAGGCCUGCGUACGACGUGGUGCCGGGCUGGGAACUGGCUGGUACCAAUGACCCGCUAACGCCAGUUGAACGCCAACGUUUUUUGCUUCUGUUUCAAAAAAUGUGUGUGCUGGAUUAUGUGAUACGAAAUACGGAUAGGAAUAUGGAUAACUGGUUAAUACGAUACAUUCCCGGUGAAACGCUUGAUCUUGCUGCUAUCGACAACGGUCUGGCCUUUCCGAUAAAGCAUCCCGAAACUGCAACCGUUCUCCGACCGUUUGUUUACGGUUGGGCAAAUAUGGAAUGUGCUCGAGAGCCGUGGAACGAUGCUCUGAGAAGCCGUUUGCUGCAGUUACUGACGCCACUGUUUGUUCAUCGUUUAUGCAUAGAAAUCAAGCGACUUUUUAUGAUUGACACGAGUAAUAAUCGAUUCCUGAUCAACAGUCAGUUGAAAGUUUUCAGGGGACAGCUCUGGAAUCUUCGGCUAGCAUUAAUGGAAAAUGAGCCACCACUGAAAAUGAUUCAACGGCCACUUGUUGUUGUUAGUAAGCGUUAUCGUAAGAUGCCACAUUCCGAUGUCUGGGAGGAAUGCUUCCGAGCAAAGCAGCCAGAUUAUUCUGGAAGAAGGUGUUGCUGA